CAGAGUGCCACCAUAGAGAACCCUCGUGGGUGGCCUAGGCCCUACCUCCUAGCAUUCCUCCAGUGGACUCGGUGCAGGAAUUGAAAUGCCUCAGGCACCAUACCUUUCGAAAUCCUGCACCUUGCGUUUCCGGGCUGGGGCCUCUUCUGGACUGGGUCACUCACAGGGGUACAGCUGGCCCCAGUCGCUUCAGUUGGCCAGACUCCCAGACCUUCUCGAACUAGGUACAAUUGCUAACUUCGACAGCUAUAUCUACGAUACGGCAUUGCGCGCCCAACGCCUGACCUACAGCUGGGAUAGGCAAUCUGAAAUGGACUGGUGAUGGUAGACUGGAAAAAAGAAAGUGACGCGUAUCGAAGGCGUACUCGUGGUGAGGAGCCAGAAGGUGGACACGAUGCGUCUGUAGGAUUGGAGACACUCGGGCAGAAAUGGCCACAAACAGCAGGAAUUGGACACGGUAAAGAGGCAAGCAGAUGGACGUGCACACCGCCAGCACAUGCUCCUGGAAUUGCCGAAGCGAAGUGGCGCAACCAGUCGAAGGCGGAGCAAGUCCGAGCAUUGGAGGUUCAGAGACCUGCUGAAGCCGAAGACGCCUCUUUUCGACCUCUGAUCGCCCGACCCGAACGAUGCUGAGUGGCCGUUCCUGCAUUGUACCCCUCGGAUGAUGCUGCAUCGGUUCGUGAAUCGUCC